UUGAACUGCAAGAAACGACCGUGCCAAAAUACAGAUUUAAAAAUAAACGGUCAAAAUCGAGUUCGUUGAUCUUUGCUUCACGGUCGCCAUAUCCGUAGCCACUCCCGGAUUAUUUGAACUACUUUGAGAAAAUCUAACCUCAAAUGCCAACUUUCAAAAACAUUUUAUUUGUGAAAUAUUUUAGUGUCUUUAUUCUUUAUUAUUAAUUUAAGGAUAAUAUAUAUUUUAAAAGCCUUUUAGUUUCAGAUAUUCCAAGGAAGUUAUUAAUGUUUUAUUGGCAUUUUAUCUUGGAUAUAGAUAACACAAAGAAAUAAAAUUGUCUAUUAUCGAAGUAAAAAUUAUGGAACCGAUUAUUGAAACUGAAAAAAAUGAACAAUUGCCUGGACAAGUUUUACCUAAACCCUUUGAAGUUCUCAGUAAUAUUCUCCAAAGAACUAACAACCAUAAAAAUAAUCCACACUUAUGUAAUUUGUUGAUUUGUGAAUCGAAUUUAAACCUGACCUGCGAGGCUUAUGCAGGUAAACAGUGGGGAUACACUGAAGUGUUUGAUCAUGGAGAAAAUGAUGAAAACGGUAAAUACAAAACAUUAACGAAAAACAGAACAAUGGCUACACAGGCAAUAACACUGAUGGUGGUAUCGCUGGAAAGUAACUGGAAACUACCUGUUGGAUUACUUUUCACAGACAGUUCUAUCGAGACGCCAUUAGCUAGUACAAUCGAAGUAUACCUUACUAAACUUAAUUCGAUUGGUAUUAAAACAAUCUCCAUAAGUUUGGAUCUUCUCAGCAACUUGAAACAUACAUUGCUGACCCAAUUAGGUUUUGAUAUAGAUCAUAUGGAAUUAAAUAAAACAACCUUUAAGUCCUACUUUAGACACCCUGUUUGUGGAAAUAUUUACAUUUAUUUUGAAUUACCUCCCUUAAUAAAUCACAUCUGCAACUGUUGGAAAUGGGAAAAAUGUCUGAAACACAAGGACAAUGGCAUUUAUUAUUCAUUCAUAAAUCACGUUAAAAAUCUUCAGAUUGUGAAAAAUAUACUUACUGAAUCAGAAUACAAGAAACGAAAAAUAAUUAACGAUUGGUAUAUUAUUCAACGGCGAAUUAUUUACAACGAUAAUGCUAUUAGUAAGACAGUUGCAGAUGCAUUAACUUAUUUAAAAGACAUGGACUAUCCUACUAUUGAUGGAUGUGGCCCUACAAUUCACUUUAUAAGAGUGAUGGACUGCCUUUCAAAUUUCAGUAAUAAUUCAAUUCACAGUAAAUCUUCUGUCUAUAACAUGGACCCAAACUAUGAAAGUUCAUGGAUGCCAGUACUUGAGAAUAUCAUCGCAUAUAUCAAAGAUAUACGGAAAAUGUACCAUAAUGAUGAUGCCCAAUUACAAUUUAUAAAUUCUAUUAGAGGUAUUAUAAUAUCAUUGACUUCAUUAAUAGAAAUAUAUAAAAACUACUUUAAAACAGAAAAGCAAGAAAGUUUAAUCCAAUAUUCACUGUAUAAACGGUUAGCUCUAAGUAACAUGUCUUACAAAAUGAGUAUUUUGUCCAUUAAGUGGUCAGCUUUAGAAAUGUAUAAACGAAUAAAAGCUCUUAGUGAAACUCCCCAGAAAAUAUUUGACGAUGAAGAUAUAAAAGCAUAAUUUAUAUUGUUUUUAAUUUAUUUAUAAUAAAUGCACUUUAAA